CGCGUCUCCACUAGUCGCCAAUUGUCCAUUUUCGCACGUAGAUGAAUUUCGAAAGGCUUGAGAAAAAAUUCGAACAAUUAUCAUAACUAUGUUGAAAAUCACUAUAUAUGGAUGUCAUCAUGAGUGCCGCAUAAAGUUUCGGGCGAUUAUACAAGUAUAGUGUCGCGAAUAUGAACCGCUGGUGUAUCAGCGCGUUCGUUAAUCGGCGAGCAACAACUGCUGCGUUUACACGAAUUUCGGGAGUGUCGAAGAAAAGUAUCGGUCGUAGUUUUAUCGUGAUUACGUUCUGUUUUUAAUGUUGUGAGUUUCGCGAGUGAUAGUGAGUAUACUAAAUGUAUUACCGCAUGUAAAUAUUCGCGGGAGUGUCGAAAAAAGUAUCGGGCGAUUGCUAAAUUUAGAUUGUCGCGAGUGCCGUGAGUGAAUGAUGAUUAAUCAUCGAGGGAAAAUCGAAUCUUUGGAUACGAAAUGGAACGGGCAGGACAUCAAUGGACGGAAGACAAACAGCGGCACGACGACUGCGAGGAAUGCGAAAGUCGAGGAUAUCUGAGACGCCGAAUGGGGUUGCCCAGGAAGCGAGCGGUUCUGCUGGCGAUUUGUCUUUUGGCCACUUGCACGGCGGGUAACAACGUGAACGAACCACCCAUCCUGGAGGCUGGAGGAUACCCUACGGGCUUGCCGCUCUCGGAAUCGACCAAGGUCGGAAAACAGGUGUUCAUGCUGAAGGGCCACGAUCCCGAAGGAUCGCCCGUGAAAUAUGGCAUACAACUCACGGACCAUUUCGUCGUCAACCCGCGCACCGGUGUCAUCACUCUGGCGAAGCCGCUCAAUCGCGAGGAGAACGACACGAUACGCUUCCGAGUGACUCUGGAGGACGAGGUGCCCGCGGGACAGCAGCCGAACAUCGUCGGCGUGGACGCGUACGUGAUUGUACUGGACGAGAACGACAAUCCGCCGCACUUCCUGGGAGUGCCGUACGAGGCGGUCGCCGAGGAGGACACCCCGGUCGGCUCGACCAUACUACCGGGCAUCAGGGUCGUGGACCCUGACCUGCUGGGCGACAUCAUAGAGCUAACGUGUGUCCCGCAGCCACAGUUUCUGGACGCCUGCGAGAAGUUCGGCAUCGUCAACGUCGAGAAGAGUCAGAACACGUAUGUGGGCGCUUUGGUGCUGCGGCAGUCUCUCGACUACCAGGAGAGACCUUUCUACCAGCUACUGCUGCGAGCAAGCGACGGUCUGAACAAUGGAACCACCGGCGUGGAGAUCAAGGUGGCGGACAUUCAGAACAGUCCGCCGGAAUUUCUGGACUCGCUAACAGGUGUAGUGCGCGAGGACGAUCCCAUCGGGACUCUUGUGAUGACCGUAAAGGCACGAGAUGGUGACAGAGGCAUGCCGCGGAAGAUGUUCUACGAAUUGGUCACAAAUCCGUUCGAUUACUUUCUGCUGGACGAUGACACGGGCGAGCUGAGGACGGCGAAGCCGUUGGACAGAGAGGCGCUGGAGAACUCGACGGGCGUGCUCACGCUGAUCGUGAAGGCCCGCGAGCUGAUCAACGGCAUACCCGGCAACGAUGAGUUGACGGUAUCGACGGCCGAGGCGACCGUGACGAUUAAGGACGUCAACGACGAGCCGCCCACGUUCAAUCGGCGCGAGUACAACAUCGAGAUUCCGGAAAACGUGCCGGAUGGCACGCCAUUGCCGCACCUGGACAUGACGGUGAAAGACCCGGAUGUGGGCAUAAACUCCGUGUUCUCCCUGCGCCUGGAAGACAUAACUGGUGCGUUCACGGUGGAGCCGGUCCUGGCGACCGGCAGCACGUCCGUGAACAUUCGAGUUACGAACGGCUCGCUCGAUUACGAAAAUCCUAAUCAACGGAAAUUCAUUAUCCUGGUCGUCGCCGAGGAAAGUCCCACGUACACGGCCGCGGUGUCCGAGACGGCGGCCCCAGGGAGCCCAAUUAUAACAAUCACAGCGAAGGAUCGCGACAGCGAGCGCUUCGGCACCGCCGGCAUAGUCUACCAAUUACUUGGCCAGGGCGCGGAGCACUUUGCGAUCGACAAGAAAAGCGGUUCCAUCACCGUUGCGCCCUGCCUGACACCCGGCACGUCGCCCUGCCUGGAUUACGAGCAACAGAUGGAAUACUUUCUCACCUACAAGGCGACGGACGACAACGGCGAAGGGCAAACAACGAGCGUAUCGUUGCGCAUCAGUCUAAUAGAUGCGAACGACAGUCCGCCGCGCUUCCUGCAGGACAAAUAUCGCGCGGUGGUGGACGAGGGCGCCGAGAAGUUCGAGCCCGAGCUGAAGGUGCAGGCGCGCGACAAAGACAAGACGUCCAAGAUCACGUACGCCCUGGUGGGCGGUAACGAGCUCGGGCUGUUCGCCGUCGAUUCGGACACCGGCGAAAUCACCAUCAAGAGCCCGGUCGACAUGACCUUCGAUGACUUCGCCAUUAACGAGACCACUGGCGUUGUAACCGUGUCCCGGAAAUUGGACUACGACGAGAAGAAUACAUAUCACGUGGAAGUCAUCGCGUUGGAUAAAGGAACACCGAGUUUAACUGGAACGACGACGUUGAUGAUCGAAGUGGAGAAUAGCAACGACAAAGCCCCGUAUUUUACGCCUGAGACGCAACGAGCUGAAGUUACGGAAGACACGCCAAUCGGCACCGUUUUCGCAACAUUGAAAGCCACCGAUCCGGACAGCACGAAUCUCGAAGCUUUGAACUUCGCCAUUUCCGAGCCAAUCACUGCUAUUGACAGAAACGGCCAGCGAGUGAACGACAGCAAGUCUUUUAAGGAUUUCUUCGCAGUCGAUCGUGCUACCGGACAAGUCUCCGUCGUUCGAGCUCUGGAUCGUGACGUAGCGGCCACAGUAAGCGUCACGAUCGUCGUGAGCGACACUACGGCACCCACAUUACAGCAAGGACGAGGUAAACUGGUGGUCACUAUUAUCGACGUGAAUCAUAUGGCGCCGGAGUUCUUGAAGCCGUGGACCCGAGAAAAUCCUCGAUAUCUGAUAGAGAUGCAAGAGGAGCAACCCACUGGCGCCGUCGUGGGCGCUUUCACGGCGAUGGAUGCUGAUAGUAACAUAGCGGGAUACGCCAUCGAUCCGCCGAGCCCUUACUUCAAUAUUGAUAAUAUUACCGGAAUCGUAAGAACCAGCCAAGUAAUUGAUUACGAAGAAACGAAGCAACUAGAAUUCACAGUAAUCGCUUAUGACUCCGGAGUGCCCCAGCUUUCCGCGACUGCGAAAGUCACCGUUACCGUGAUCAACGUGAAUGAUCAAGAUCCGAAAUUCGAGAAGGAGCUGUACAAUGCGACGGUGAAAGAGAACUCUCCACCUGGCACUCGUAUUACCGUCGUGAAAGCCACGGACGGCGAUGAGGGAGUUUUCGGUGAUAUCAGUUACAAUAUAAUUGGCGACCAAGCUGGUGACUUCAAUAUUGGGCGCCAAACCGGAGAAAUCACCGUGGGCGCUGCCACGGUUCUCGACAGAGAGAUGACGCCGGAAAUCACUAUAACGGUGAUGGCCAGCGACGGCAGCGCCCGUGCCAAUUCUCGACGAAGCACCACCGUGCCGGUGGUUGUCAAGUUAAUUGACGUGAAUGAUAACAGACCGAUAUUUUCGCAACACAGCUACAGAGCGUCCGUAGCGGAGAAUUUAUCCGUAAAUCCGCCGGCACCUAUCUUGCAGGUACGAGCUGUAGAUCAAGACGAAGGAACAAACGGCGAGGUCUGGUAUACAAUCAUCAAUGGAAAUGAAAAUGAGUCGUUUUCGUUAAACCGCGAGACCGGCAUCUUGUAUCCUGCGGCUGCUCUCCUCGGCAGAGCCGGUUCUUAUAGAAUUGAAGUCGAGGCACGCGAUGGCGCCGGAAGUGGUCCACAUUCGGACAAAUGUUAUGUCGACAUAAGAGUUACUCCCGUGAAUCAACAUAAGCCGCAAUUUGUAAUGCCGGAAUUGACGAAUGCAACCGUAGAAGUACCAGAGAAUGCGGGUGUCCCCAAUUAUCUAAUAUUAACUGUAAAAGCGCGUGAUAGAGAUCCCGGCGACAAUGGCCGUGUUAGCUAUCACUUGAAGGUCGGAAAUAGGAACGUUCAGGAAACCGAGGAAUUCUCUAUAAAUCAAGAGACAGGCGAGCUUCGAUCGAAAAUUAUCCUCGAUCGUGAAAUCAAGAGCAAAUUUGAACUUGUUCUUGUGGCGGCUGAUCAUGGCAGUCCUACAGCGUACGAGACACUACGCUUAUUGACAGUUCAAUUGGUCGACACGAACGAUAAUGUGCCGCAGUUUUACGAGGAGUACAAUUUCCACGUGUCAGAGAAUCGACCGAAGGAUUAUUUUAUCGGUAAAGUGACGGCAGAAGACAAAGACGAAGGCAGGCACGCCAAAGUUUACUAUUACAUAGAAGCAGGAAACGAAGGAUACGCUUUUUACAUGGACAAAUCCGACGGUAGUAUCUACGCAAACAAGUCGUUCGAUCGCGAAACGAGAGAUAAGUAUGUUCUUUCCAUCCUUGCGUCCAAUGAUCCUGAUCUCUACAUCAAUCCUGCGCAAUCCGGUCGCCCGCUAACUCACCAUCCGGAGCACGGACACGUGAACGUAACAAUAUAUGUGCUGGAUGAAAAUGACAAUCCGCCGAUCUUCGAGCGCAACGAUUAUUACGCCGGGGUGAAUUCCAUGGCGAAUGUAAAUGACUUCGUAACUAAGGUAACGGCGUCCGACCUGGACGUCGGUGACAACGGCACUCUCCAUUAUUACGUUGCCAGCGCAAAUCUUUACAAAUACGGCUCGGAAAAGCCAAGUGGCUCGAUAGUUCCGAGCCCGUUCAACGUUACGCAGGACGGUAAACUCGUUACGAGUGGAUAUAUGGCGGAAUACAAUCAGGACAGAUUUAUCGUCGAAGUAAUUGCCAAGGAGACAGCCAUUCCGGAAAGAUACGCGUUGACAAGAGUUCAUGUAUGGGUGUUUGAACCAUCUCAAUUAAUACGAGUCAUACUAUCCCGGCCGCCAGAGGAGGUGAAUAGCGUGCGCGACGAGAUCGUUUCGGAGUUAUCCAACGCCACGCAAAGCCGGGUUGUAGUAGAUGAUAUUAGGUAUCACGUUGACGCUUCUGGACAUAUCCGCAGAGAAUGGUGUGACAUGUAUUUGCACGUUGUCGAACCGAAGACACAAACCAUCGCGCCAAUUCCUCACGUUCUUAAAGUCAUUGAUGCAAAGUAUGAUUUCUUGAAGCACUACUAUGCUGGAUUUGCCAUCGAAAAUGUUGUGCCGGCAUAUGCUGGAGUCCAAGAAGAACCGUUUGAUCCUGCCCUUGCUGCUUUAAUAGCUCUUUUAGUCGUCUUGCUCGUAGGAGCGGUCACUUUUACGGUAGUUUGUUGCUGCUUACGCCACUGGGUGAUAACUGUGCCAAAUGAUAUACGUAAGAAGGACGGACUGAUUAAGAAACAGAUCAUCGAUGAAUUGAAUACGACAGAGAACCCAUUAUGGAUUGAGCAAAAAUUGAAACUCUACGAAGAGCAGGAGUUAACGAUGCAAGUGUUCAGCGAGCCCGAGGGCGGUCUCGGCGGCGAGAGACGCGGCAGUGGGGUGAGCGUCGGUAUGGGUGACACGUCUCAAGAUAAUACUUACGCCACAAUACAGCAUCCAUUACCUACGAAUAGGCAUCGUCCGACUACGCCAGACUACACGACGCUCCCAGGAAAUCAUAAUUUAUACGAAUCGGCAAUGGGUUUCCAAGGAUCAACAUUCCAGCCUUCUCCGAACGUGAUGCCACAACUAACGCUCGAUCGCGACGGCCAGCCCCAAUUUGUUUCAGGACUAGUAUAAAUCUCUCUGAUAUGCGGGUGCUCUCAGCCCCCUCCUCCUUUCCCUUUCUAUCUCUAAAUAAGCUCCGUCGCCGUACGUUGUACCUCUUUGUCCGCGGCUCUUUUAUAUUGCACGCGCCUCUUCGGAGCGUACUUCGGGCGACUCGCAUGCACACACCUCUUUGACAAUAACCGGGUUGAAUAUGGGUUUGUCCUGCGAGUAGACGCGUGUACGAGAAGAGCUACACGGCAUACGACUUUCGCGAGAUCCGCCCUCUCACUUGCGUGACUACUUUGCUAUUUUCAGUUCAUACUCUUCCGCGAGAGCUUGCGAAGGACUCAAGAUGAAGAGUGACGACGAACGACACAGUCAAUAUUACUGGAGUAAUUAAUCCCUGUAGCUGGUGUGUGCAUGUAUAUAUGUGUGCGUUGCCAACCUGGGGUCCCAUCUGACUCUUCACCGUUAGAUCUACUUUUUAGGAGAAUCAAAAAAAAAAAAAAAAAAGAAAAAAGAAA